GGUUUCUCCAGAGGGCACUGGUUGAACCUGAGUUGAAUUUGCACAGUGUGGCAAACUGUGAAAAUACACAUUCGUUUACUCUAUGACAGACGUCACUAUGCAAAUACCGUGUUGAAUCCCUCGGACAUAUCUGGAAAAUAUGAAAAUUACCUGAAAAAAGCAUGCAUUCCAAUCUAAAUUCUCGUUGUAAAAUCAUGAACGGAAGCUAGACCCAUAAAUAAUGGGGAAGAACAAAAAUUCACCAAGAUGACACCACGUAUAUUGGAAAUGUUUUGACCUAAGUGGGCCGAGCAAGUUCGGCUUACAGACAAUAAUUAUCAACGAGAUCUUCACGAUGGAGGUUAUGAUGAGAAUAGUCAAAUAUGCAUCGAGAAUUAGCAUUCUAAGCAUUACCCAUCGCGUUACCCAUCACCAACCCAGAAGUUAUACAAGAUUGGCCGAAGUCGGUCGACUAGAAACACCAAAACUACAAGGAAAGUACGACACAGGCCAACUAUUUCUUCAUAGAGUAUUUGGUUAUCGAGGAGUGAUACUUUUUCCAUGGUUAGCCCGUGUGUAUGAUAGAGAUGUUCCAAACAAAAGGGAAAAGGCUGAUACUCAAGAUGAAAAUUUCCAGCAUGUAGGAAAAGAAGUGAAGGGUCGACUAGAUUAUGUUGCUCAUGAAGAUAUCUUGCCAUACACAACUACUGAGAAACAACCUCUCCAGCAUGAGCUAUUUGACAAGUUUUUGAUGUUUUACCCAGACAAAGAUCCACCGUUUGGAGCUCAAGAAACCCUUAGAGCAUGGCAAAAGAAAAAUCAUCCAUGGUUAGAACUUUCAGAUGUUCACAAAGAAACAACAGAAAGUGUUCGUGUUACAGUCAUACCAUUUUAUAUGGGCUGUCGUGAAUCCCAGUCAACUUCAGUAUUUUGGUGGCGAUAUUGCAUCAGGCUGGAAAAUUUAGGGGAACUGACUGUACAGUUACGAGAGCGACACUGGCGAAUCUUCAGUUUGUCAGGCACAUUGGAAACUGUGAGAGGUCGUGGUGUUGUUGGUCAAGAACCAGUGCUUUCUCAGAACCAGCCGGCCUUUCAGUAUAGUAGCCAUGUAAGUCUCCAAGCACCCAGUGGCCAUAUGUGGGGAACCUUCCGAAUGGAGAGAGAAGAUGGGUACACCUUUGACUGUCGUAUACCCCCAUUCUCAUUGGAAAGUAAAAGUGAGGACCCUGCAACACCUACAGGGAACAGCUGAAGAAUAAUUAACUAUGUUUUAUUCUGUAAUUAAAAUAUGACUAUUUAUUAUAUUUGCAUUUGUGGAUAAAUUCUUUUAAGAAUUUCAAAAGUUAAUAAAUGCAAAUUCUUUUAUUUGGUUUUCUGUACCUACUUUAAAACAAUAAAAUUUCACAUGAAUUAGGAAUAUGUUUCAGUUGAUUACCAAGAAAAAUGUCGAAAUCUAGAUAGUAACUUACGCUUGAUAAACAUACUACAAAAAAUGCAUACCCAUGUAUUAUUUGUGUAAAAUUUUCGUCUGGAAAUUAAUUCUGAGGGAAAAUCCCUUGUUAGUAGGCAAAUUUGCUAAUAUUGUGAAUUAUUAUGAAAUGUAGUGACAGUGAACAAGAUGAUCAAUAAAAUGCUUAACAAUUACUUGCUACAUUUAAACAAUAUCUCUUAAACAUCACAUUCAAAAGAUUCACUCUUCAGUAUGUUGCGUGUUCAGAAUUCUUUCAAAUUCUGUCAGUUUUCAUGCAGCUUGUUGCAUGAGUUGUGCA